UUUCGUCACUAGCAGUAGCUACCGACGCGUGUAGUUGAGCAAGACAGUAGCUAACACAAGAAAUAAGCAACAGUGUAAGAAACGGAAUCUAUCACCAGUGAAGUGACAACUAAUUUUAACGUCGACAAGUUCCAGGGCAACCGGAGUUUACCGUCAAGAUGGCUGACACGGAGCAAACGACCCCCCCUCCUCAACUAGGACCAGUACAAUAUAUGUUGGCGAACAAGUUGGAGACAGCGAUGUGGCUGUCCCGGGUCUUCACAGUGUACUGUUCAAUCAUGUUCAUCCUGCCACUUCUAGGGCCUCAGGCAGCAGCUAACUUCUACCAGCGUGCCCUGCUGGCCAACGCCCUGACCAGCGCCCUGCGGCUGCACCAGAGGCUCCCUCACUUCCAGCUCAGCAGAGCCUUCCUGGCCCAGGCCCUCCAGGAGGACAGCUGUCACUACCUGCUGUACUCCCUCAUCCUGGUCAACUCCUACCCCAUCACCAUGAGCAUAUUCCCCGUCUUCCUCUUCUCCCUGCUCCAUGCAACCACGUAUACAAAGAAGGUUCUAGAUGCGAUGGGCCCUAACAGCCUUGCCUUUGUGAGAAACUUCCUAGACAAGCUCACAGCGAACCAGCAGAACAUCCUCAAGUUCACUGCCUGCAACGAGAUAUUCCUAAUGCCAGCCACUGUAUUCAUGCUCCUGAGUGGCCAAGGCAGCUUGCUGCAACCCUUCAUCUACUACCGGUUCCUCACCCUCCGUUACACCUCCAGAAGAAACCCCUACUGUCGCACCUUGUUCACCGAGCUGCGGAUUCUUAUAGAACACCUCAUCAUGAAGCCCGUCUGCCCUGCCUUCUUCAGGAGAAUGUGCCUCAACAGCAUCGCCUUCAUCAGCCGGCUCGCCCCUACGGAGGUCCGGUUCGUCCCUGCAGCUCUGUACAUACAGUAAUGUAGAAGUCCUGCCUGCGAUGGUCUGAACCUUGAUCACAUCGAUAUGAGGCUUUAUGGAACUGCUGUCUCCUCCAGCCACACCCCCCUGCUCGUUGGAAAGUGCACCUGCUGACUUUCAGGAUCCCCUGAUGGUAAUAAUGUUUUUGUUCGGUCGUGUAUCAUUUAUUUAUUCAUGGCAAAUACUUGUCCCCUCACAAAAUGAUAAUAUUAACCUUCUGAGAUUAGGUAGGUGAUGAUACCAGUUGCAGUCAUUGUUUUUUAUAAUCAUUUUCUGUUUUUCAAAGUGACAUGAAUGAAGGAUGGUUUGUGUGUGUGUGUAAUUUCUAUAUCCACCAAUUCCAUUUUCUACUUUUUUUGUAUGUGAAACGCAUUGGCCUCCAUGAGUUAUUUUGUCUUAACAUAGUUUACUUGGAAUCUAAAUGUGAUAUAUAAAUAUUAAUACUAUUUAAAAGCGAUGUAGAGAAAGGAACAGGGUCAAAAUUAGGCACUGAAAUUGAAUAUCUGUCAUAGUUGAUCCAAGUCAAGAUAAUAGAAUUGGUUUGAAUCAAUCAGCUUCACCACUCAAGCGCUCCAUGUACAAUGCAUGUCACACAGACAUUGGAAAGAAUACACCUAAAAGUUUAAAUGCAAGACCAUAGGUGUAUCCUAAACAUGUUUCCUGAUCAAAUGACAUCAAAUUUCCAUUCAGUGUGACUGAGUUGUGGCUAGUGUAGAUGUGGUUCAUCGCAUGCUCUGUUAUGCCAUGUAGAUGUAUUUAUUAUUUACCUGUAGGAAAACCAUGUUUGUGUAGAUAUGGAAUAAAAUGAUCAAUUACCUGAAAUAAAAUAUUGUAGAAAAAGA